AUGCCUUGUGCAGGCAGGCGGUGCUGCUGCCUCUGCUGCUCCCCGGGCUGCCCCAGCUACUGUGCAUGGGCUGCCUCCUCCUCCUCCUCCUCCUCCUCCUCCUCCUCCUCUGAUACAUGGCUGGCUGGCUGUACUUGUUACAGUGUCAUAUCCUCCCUACCAGCUGCAACACCAACUUCCCCCCCAGCUAGUCUCCUCCUGUCCAGGGCUACUGCCAAGUGAUGGGAUAGAGCAAAGCCACUCCAGUACCUGGGCGCCUACUCAUUGCAGCCUGUCUCCUCUUUUUUAUUAUUAUUCUUAAUAUUCAUUCUUUUUUUUCCCCCCUUCCCCUCUUUCCCCUCCCUCCCCCCCCUUUUUUUUUUUUUUAUUUUAUUCCUCCUCCUUCCUUCCUCCCUCUCCCCUUCCCCUUGUCUCAGAGCCUGGAUUAUUGAGUCCUUCGGGAAAAGGAUAUAUGUUGGGGAAAGGAGGAAAGCGGAAGUUUGACGAGCAUGAAGAUGGGCUGGAAGGCAAAGUGGUGUCUCCUACUGACGGUCCAUCUAAGGUGUCUUACACCUUACAGCGCCAGACUAUCUUCAACAUUUCCCUUAUGAAACUUUAUAACCACAGGCCAUUAACAGAGCCAAGCUUGCAAAAGACUGUUUUAAUUAACAACAUGUUGAGACGAAUCCAGGAGGAACUCAAACAAGAAGGCAGCUUGAGGCCUGUGUUCAUCACCACUUCUCAGCCUACUGACCCUCUCGGUGACAACUUCAGAGAGGCCCAGCCCGCGUUCAGCCACCUUGCCUCUCCAUCAGUUCACCCCACUGACUUUGUAAGCACUACACCAUUGGAGUCUUGCCUCACCCCAGCCUCUUUGCUUGAGGACGACACUUUUUGCACUUCCCAGACUGUCCAACAUGAUGGUCCUACAAAACUACCACCUCCAGCUAUCCAACCUGUAAAGGACAGUUUCUCCUCAGCCUUGGACGAAAUUGAGGAGCUCUGUCCAACACCUACCUCUACUGAGGCAGUCGUAGUAGCAGCAGAAGCAGCAGCAGCAGCAGAGGACUCUAAAGAUAACUCCUGCGAGUCUAACAUUCAAAAACCUGAGGGAGUCCAGGAGAGCAGAACAAAUGAAUCAAAACUAAUGGACUCCCUACCUGGCAAUUUUGAGAUAACAACUUCCACAGGUUUCCUCACAGACUUGACCUUGGAUGAUAUUCUGUUUGCUGACAUUGAUACUUCUAUGUAUGAUUUUGACCCUUGCACGUCUGCUACAGGGACUGCCUCAAAAAUGGCUCCCGUCUCAGCAGAUGAUCUCCUAAAAACUCUAGCCCCUUAUAGCAGUCAACCAGUAACCCCAAAUCAGCCUUUCAAAAUGGACCUCACAGAACUGGAUCACAUAAUGGAGGUGCUUGUUGGGUCUUAAAACAGAGUGACUUUCUGUACCAGUAUAUUCACUUGGUAGUAUUUUCACAGUCCCUGCCCACCCACUGACCUACCCUGCUGCCCCUGAUUCACAGCACUGUGCAUGCGUCCUUGCUUGCCUUUUUUUAAAAGAAAAAAAUCACACUAGAUUUUGCUUCAAGCAGAGUUGGAGUGCCUUCAUCCACGUAUGACCACUUUUAAUGUAUUUUUUUUUUAAGUGGUUCCUCAAGGAAGACCGAAUACCCUGGUGUAGGAAAGAAUACGUAUUGUAGACAAUAUUACUAUGUUAUUACAACAAAAAAAUUAAAUUGUAAAAGCUAAGCACAAGGAUUAUGUUGGGAAAAGCUGUAAAUUGCAUGUGCAUAUUUGUCUAUUUUUUCUAUAAGUUUUAUUGCAAGAGGUAAAAAUUUUAUUAUUUAGAUAAUCUCAGUACCAUUUUAGCCCUGUAUAGGUUGAUUUAGCAAUUCAGCCUUUUGGAGGCAUUAACUAUUCCUCUUUAAGUGUUGCAUUUACAUGGCUGUUUAGAAACUGCUGCCCAAAUUUAUUUUAUAUUUUUGUACAGAUUCUGCAGUUUAUGAUAUUGUUUUUUCUAAAAACAAAUGCUGUUUAUACACACAAAAAAUAGCUAUUUUGAUAGGAUUUGCUCACAUAGUUCCUGCAUAAUUCAGAUGUACAAGAACCACUUGUACUUUUAUACAGAGUUGUAAUGUUUUAUAUGUGUAUGGUGCAAAGAGAAAAUUGGAUCAAAUAAACCUGCAGUUGGUCUCCUGAAUGCAAACAAAAGUGCUUUGAGAGAGGGCCGAGGGCUGUUUCACAAAUGUUUGCUCCCUGCUGUAACCACCUGUGCACUACUGUGAUUUCUAAAACUUAGAGCCAUGUCUGUUCCAACACCUAUGUUAAACAGUUGGCAGGAAAUAGUUGUGAAACUUCAUUGGAAGUGGUGUCUUGUGAGAUCAAGGCUACUGGGAGCUUAAUCUUAAUGCCAGUAUGCCAAGCAAAUGUCUGUUCCUUUUAAGAGAGUUUUAUUUGGAACAUCAUGUUUUCUUUGUUCCUUGAACUGCGUAAGCAUUUUAGCAGUCCUGCGACUCCUCAGCAGAAAUGACUGCAAACAAGUUUAAGGGGAAACACACACACCAGUGACAAAAAUGAUUUUGCAAUUUUUAUUGGAGAGCAGCAUCCAUGCUCUUUGCUCCAAUUCAUUUGCAUUCAAGAUUCCACUUUCCCUUUCUUGGAGCAUUUUUCCCCUCACUGUGUUGAUAAGUGCUGAAAAAGGCAAGUUCAGUAUUACUGCAGUGAAGCUCAUCUCUUAUCUGCACUGGAUGGACUUAAUUUUAAUAUCCAUUGCUGUUGAAACUGGAGCCAGUCGCAUUACAUCACUUGGCAUCUCCUGUAGGGUUGGUUUCUUGUAUCAACUGUGUUACCUGCUUUACACUUUAUAGACCUGUUAUACAAUGAAUAUAGACACAGCUUUCUAUGCAUGUUUCCUUCCCCUGUAACACCUGAGAAGUCUUCUCAUUACUGCACCAAUAGCAUUUUUUUAACUCAUUGUGGUGUACAUUUAAUUUAAAAACGAUUUGCAAUGUAUCAUGCCUGUUGCUGAAGUUGCUAUGGCAUUUUAGUUUUACAAUGGUACUUUAGCUGUUGAGUGCAGGUUACAACCUAUAUUGUCGAUAUGCCUAUGGCUUCUUUAGGAAUAUCUUUUAUAUUUAUUUAAGAAAUUUUAAAUUAUGUUUUAUGUCAUUUGGCAAUAUUCAGCCAGUUCUGCUCACUUCUUGUCAUGGAUAAAAUUGGGUCCUAUCUGCCUUUUAAGGAGGCAGCUUUAUAAAUUGGCACUUUAAAACAGGCCAUAUAUAUUUACUAGUAAAUGAAUAAUGCAUACAAAUGCAAUACAAAGCAAUGAAUUUCAGAUAUUGCAAUGAAGGAACUGCUAAUAUGAAUGAAAUGUGUUGUGUACAAUUAUGGAAUGCUUUGGGUUCUAAUUAAUCAGCCAGCUUUAGUUUGUUUUUAAAGACUAACUCAAUGAAGCAUCAAAAUGUUGAUGAUCUUGCAGUUGUUUGCUUGCAAGGACUGUAAUAGUAUUUACUAUUUCGCACAGAAUGCCAUCAACCAAGUGUAGAAUUGGGGGGCCAUUUUUAACAGGGGGAGGCAUAAGGAAUAAUUGUUCCAUUUUUUUGCAUUCAGGAACUUGUGGUUAUUGUUCAUCCUGCAGUUUCCAUACCUUGUAA